AUGCCUCUGCAGGAAAGGGCAAUCGCUUACUUUUUGUAUCAUUAUGAUCUUGAAUCGCCUAGCCAGAACAAAAUUGGCGGUAUGGGUUUUGUUAUCCUACCGAACAGCGACAAGGAAUGGGAGCAUUACCGACUGGCAUUUGAAGCUUGCGCUAUGGCGUCGUUCAUCAAUGAGACGGGCGGUCAGCUUGAAUACAAAAGCUUGACUAUUGAGACAUACAAUAAAGCGCUGACGGCGAUGCAUAGCGCCCUUCAAGAUCCAGAUGUCGUUUGUGAGGAUGCAACCUUGGCUGCAGUUUUACUUCUAGCGCUGUUCGAAUGCUUAAAUCCUACGACUGGGGAGCAAGAAAGCUGGCGCAAUCACGUACAGGGUGCUAUUGAGUUGGCCCGAGGACGCGGUCGCAAACAGAUUGACACCCGAAUUGGACAAAUGCUAUUCAGGGCAACCCGCACUUUAAUGGUAAUAUAUAGUCUCGCAACACUAGAAGACAAAAAGGAGAAAGAGCUCUGGUGGUCCGGAGACGAUGAAUGCACUUCGACCCAAAAGCUUUGCGUUGGAGUGGCUUCGCUUAGCGCGAAGGCUACGGCCCUUCUUGGUCCGUCCGGACAUGAAGAUGAAGUCGAAGUCGAAGUCAUGCUUAAGCGGUGUCAAGCUCAUGAUCGAACUUGCAAAGCCAGGUGGGACGAGUUGUCAAAGAGUACACAGGGCAUUAGCUCUAACAAUACGGACCCCUGGCUGCUGAUGCUUCUGAAUAUGCUGACAUGUGCACGAAUCCUCCUGAACUCAAUCAUUAUGAGAUGCGCGACCUGGACUUACAAGGUCCCCAAUUAUCAAACCUCUGAAGAGUAUGAUGGCGCCUGUUCUGCUCUGGCGGAAAUUAUUCUUCACAGCGCCAAGGUCAACGAACAGCAACUCUGCUGGGCCGGAGAAGCGCAGUCGUCGUUUGCAGAACUCGACGUUCAAUUACAGCCUGACCGGGAUUCGAGCGGAUGCGCCAUCAACAAGUGGAUAGAAGAUAAUAGGGACCUCAGGAAAGAGAAGCCAUUGGUAGGGUUACAACCGUUAGCCCUUAUCUGGUCUUUAAAAUGCCUCACCGAUGACCAGAUAAUCGCCGUCGACACCCGAUUACAACGCAUCCUGGGAAUCCGUGGGGCCUUACCACUUCAUGACCAUAGGGCUAGUAUGCCGUCAUAUCGGUUCACGGUGGAGACGCCAUGCUCGUCACCCUACACUAGUGAGGUUUGCUGCACAGAUUUCCGCAAAUCCACAACGGAUCCUCGCAAGCCUGGCGUGCGAGAUUCUGCCCCACAUCCCAAACGUACCAAGUACACGGAGGAGGAUAGAGAUGCUCUUCUUGAUCUUUACGAGAAGGGUACCACUUGGCAGGUAUUACAAGACCGCUUUCCCGGUCACACUUUACGUUCGUUGAAAAGCCAGGUAAGGGUACUGAGAGAAUCUAAAUUCUUGUUCACUGACGACGAAGAUCGGACUCUUAUUCGACUAAGGGAAGAAGAGUGUUUGGAAUUUGGAGUCAUUGCCCAACAAUUACACCACAGGCCAGUCGCGGUGUCGAGGCGGUACAAGCAAUUGCGUCCUGGCAGUGUAAUAAAUAGCAGGCCCGUGGACAUAGAUAUCAAGCGGCUUGUUGACUUAAGGAAUCAAGGGCACUACUGGACCGACAUUCAAGACACCUUUCGCGGUUGCUCUAAAAAGAGGCUUCGAAAGUUGUACUCUGAGUACAAGUCUCACUCCUUGGCUGCCAGCCUUAAGGAGAUUAAGGUUCAUCCUCAGAAUGGGAUGUGA